AUGCAAUAUCUUAAGAAAUUAGCAAACAUUUUCAAAAUUAAUGUUGUCGUUUUAAUUCAAUCAAAUAAGCAAAGCACAAAUGCUAGCAGUUUGAGUGCAAAAAGCAAUUUGUAUUACUAUCAUGAUCAGCAUUCAUUACACAAUGAAGCACUGCAAUCAGAACACGAACAAUAUACAACUGCUUGCACUGCACAACACACGAACACCGCUAAUAAAUCACCACAAAACAGCUUUCAGCACACGACAUUUCACAAUCUUAAAAAAUCUAAUCAUAAUUCUGCUGCAAACACAUUAUCGACGUUAAAUCCAAGUGAAUUUGAGGCAAAAGCCAAUAAAAAUUUUGCUAAAAAAUACGGAAAUUCAAAGUCUAUAAAGAGUUUGCAACCUAAUAAAUUUUAUGGUGAAGAUAAUGAUGACGAUAAUGAAUAUUGUGAUAAUGAUGUAUUGACAUCGCAUUAUUAUCUUCAAAAAAAUAGGUCGAAUGAGGAAAGAAAGGCUAAAAAGUCAAAAAGAUAG